UUAACCCAGACCAAAUCCAACAAUAAAUUGUCUUCUUCACACAAAUCUUCUGAAAUUUAAGACCGGUUUGGUGUCGCAGUUGCGUUCUGCAGUGUGAAGAGACUGAUCUGAGCGCAAAGAAUCCAGGACACCACACUGUAUUUCUGACUUCCUGCGUGUAGCGUGUUCGCAAAGCUUUUACCAUGGCACUAGACGGAUGUGGCCAGCUGUGCAAGUGUUUCCUCAUCAUGUUCAACAUCCUUUUUGCCCUGGUGGGUAUGGCGAUGUUCGGGUUGGGCUUGUGGCUGAGGUUCAGCUCUGAGACCAGAGGAUUUUUCAACAUAGACCUCAACACACAACAGUUUGUCAUCGGUGUGUCAGUGUUGAUUGCGUUAGGAGCAGUGAUAUUGCUCGUGGCUGUUUUCGGAGACUAUGGAGCAUGCAAUGAGAAUAUGAAUGGAUUGGCAGUGUUUUCCUGCCUGCUGGCUAUCCUGGCUGGAGUAGAGAUUGCAGCCGGUGUGUUCGCCUACAUGAGAAGCGAUGUGGUGGGAGAGCAGCUGGCAAAAUUCUAUAUGACUGUGUACGCUCAGUAUGUGGACAAAGGAGACCCUGGCUUGGCUGUUACCCUGUCCAUGUUCCACAAUGUGUUGCACUGCUGUGGACUCAUUGGUGCCUUGGACCUCUUGGUAAAAAAAACAUGUCCCAAAACUGGCAUUUGGGACACCUUAACUCUCCCUGCCUGCCCCACAGUGAUCCUCAACCUCUUUGAGUCCAAAGCGCCUCUGGUGAUGGGCCUCUUCCUUGGGACUGCUGCUAUGCUGAUCACAGCCCUGGUGUGCUGCAGCAUCCUCAUGAAACAGAUCAAGAAGAGUCGCUUCUCUGCCCCUGUGUACUGAGGGGACAGGACCACCACCACGUUCAAACAUUUCUCCACUAUGAGACCAAACCAGAUGGUUGUCAUUCAGUGACCAUCACCCCAUCCUGUCACGUAAUACUUCCGGAGAGGUGCCCAAUAAAAAUGUCCUAAUUAGCUUUCAUUCAUUUGCGUAGCUGGACAGGGCUCUUGAUCAUCUGGACAUGCUUUAGAUGACAUAGGAACAGGGCAAGACACUGUUGCUCUGCCCCUCUUCCCACUGUAGUCCUUAAUCUCUUUUUUUUUUACCUUAAAAAAAAUCACUGUUACCGAAUGUAUAUAGCUGCGCUUGCUGACAUUAAUGCUGCUUACAUGAAAGGGACCAUUUUAUUAAGUCAUACGGAGCAUUAAAUGAGGGCACUGCUGUAAUCAGACAAGUGAAGCACUGUCCAACAUUACCUUUCCCUGUAAUCACAUCAGUUUAGAAUCAUGUUUGUGUUACAAUAUCCAUAGCAAUGUACUGCUGACAGAAUUAGUAUCUUAACUGGAUUCAUCCGUAUUUGGUUCUCUAUGCCAAAUUAAGUACAUUAUUAAUAACAUCUAAUCAUGCUACACAAUUACAAUACUAAUCCCAACUCCAGCUCCACUUGUACACCCUGAGGUGAUAUUAGACUGAUUUCUUCAUUCCAUGUUUGGAUGUUGACGUGGGAUGAUAUGCAAAGUUCAGUCAGGAAUCCUUAAAUAUGACUCUGGAACAUUGUUUGCUUGACUUAUUCUGUUACUUUGAUGCCAAUUUCUGCUUAUUAAAAAUCAGUUCACAUGCUAAACUAAUGUUUGCAACUGGGAUACAUUUCCUUUUGAGUCACUCCAAUCGCAGCGGGCUUGGGAAUGAUGUCUCCCUGAAUGCCCCAUCAGGCAGCAGUUGUACUGGAGGCUGUUGAGUGUGAUAGAAUAAACACUUCAUAUGGAGUGGCUUGGUACACUAGCCAAAGUGUUGCCGUGUCAGGCAGGAGUGGGCCAAAUGGUGUACCUUACCAGGUCAAGUGUCUUGUAGGAAGUCUUACGAGAACAGCUUAUGUUCUGUUACAAGCUAAUACUACUGACUGUAAACUUGGCACCAAAUGGAGCUUUUUUUUGUUAAAAUAAAGUUGUUUUUUUCUUCCUC